CCGCUGGACGGAUACCUUGGCGUAGCGGACCACAAGCCCCUGAAGAUGCACUGCAGGGACUGUGCCCUGGUGACAAGCUCGGGACAUCUGCUGCGCAGCCAGCAAGGCCCGCAGAUCGACCAGACCGAGUGUGUCAUCCGCAUGAAUGACGCCCCCACGCGCGGCUACGGGCGCGACGUGGGCAACCGCACCAGCCUGAGGGUCAUCGCCCAUUCCAGCAUCCAGAGGAUCCUCCGCAACCGCCACGACCUGCUCAACGUGAGCCAGGGCACGGUGUUCAUCUUCUGGGGCCCCAGCAGCUACAUGCGGCGCGACGGCAAGGGCCAGGUGUACAACAACCUGCACCUGCUGAGCCAGGUGCUGCCCCGGCUGAAGGCCUUCAUGAUCACGCGCCACAAGAUGCUGCAGUUCGAUGAGCUCUUCAAGCGGGAGACUGGCAAAGACAGGAAGAUCUCCAACACCUGGCUCAGCACUGGCUGGUUCACAAUGACCAUCGCGCUGGAGCUCUGUGACAGGAUCAACGUGUACGGCAUGGUGCCCCCGGACUUCUGCAGGGAUCCCAACCACCCGUCAGUCCCUUAUCACUAUUAUGAACCUUUCGGACCAGAUGAAUGUACAAUGUACCUGUCCCAUGAGCGAGGGCGGAAGGGCAGUCAUCACCGCUUCAUCACGGAGAAACGAGUCUUUAAGAACUGGGCACGGACAUUCAAUAUUCACUUUUUUCAACCAGACUGGAAACCAGAAUCACUUGCUAUAAAUCAUCCUGAGAAUAAACCUGUGUUCUGAGGAAUAAGCGGGUCAGACCUAAACCCCAAGCACCCACUGUACCAGACACCAGGCCACUGGACUUCCUGAGCCCCAGACACGAAAGAGGAACAGAACUGGCAGGAAAUGGCUUCACUCCUCAAGAAGUACCAUGUGCAGAUGCCUACGAGAAGUGACUACAAAACA